UUUAAAGUUGAUCAUUACUUGAAUGCUGCCACCCUGCAAGUAGUUGAGUGAUACGAAACCGUUAAUAACAUUAAUUUAACCAACCAUAAUGUAAUUAACUAAUUUAAACAAAAAUAAAGGAUUAUCAUUGGUUAAAUGUUCAAUAAAAACUAAUAUAAUGUCCAUCACAGUAUUUUGAACAAAAAUAUUUUUUUAUUUGAAAAAUUCAAACAAAAGAAAAAACAAAUCAGAAUAUAUUUGAAAACAUCAUUUGUAUAAGUAAUCAAAAUAUGAAUCUACAAGAAGUGGAAGCAUCAUAUAAUGAAAUAACCUCAUCAGCAUUGAAACUUAUAAUGGAGAUUUCAAUCAAUAAACUGAAGAAUUUUCAAAGUACUUUACAGCCAUCGACAGGACCACUUAUAAGAUCAAUAGAGAAUAAAAAUAAUUUAUUAAUGGAUAACUCCAAUAGAUUAACUACAAUUGAUUCAUCUCAACAUAUCUCUUUCAAAAAAACAUCUAACAGUUUUUCACCAAGUAAUCGGUUAUACAGGAUAAUGGUAAUUUUAAAAAUUGCUAAAAAAGCAAGAUCUGUAUUAUUAAACCGAGAAGCACUUAAUACACCACAAACGGAUAAUAAAUCAGUUGAUGUACAAAACAUUUCCUCUUCCGAAAAUGACUCAAACAAUCAUUCAUAUAACACACAACAAUGUGAUCCUGUGAAACAACCUAGAACACCUAAUCUGAGUUCAAUUCAAACAAAAACGCAUUCAGAAUUACGAGUUUUACAUUCAAACAAGCAAAAUGAACAAGUGUAUCAAUGUGUCUAUGAUUCUGUUCCAAAUAACUCUUCAGUAUGCACUCGCAAUAAAAGAGCACUUGAUUCUAAUCCAUCUACUUCGAUACCUGAAAAACGUGCAUUUUCAAAUUUUCGAAGUGAAAAUCCUAUGAAAUGUGAUAAAUCAUCACAUCAAGAUACAUUAAAUGUAAUGUAUAGUUUAACUACUCCAUACAAUACAGGGAAUGUGGAAAAUAGUCUGAUUAAACCAAAAUUUAACCAACAUAACGAUAACGAUGAUGAAUAUGCCGAUCCUAAUGAUAAUGAUGUCAUUAUGUAUUCAAAAUCUUAUCCCUUGUGCAAAUGUCGAUUAUCAAUCCAAAAUUCUGAAGUAUGUGGUCUAGGAAAUGGUCUAAUCGCAUCAAAUGAAGUAUUAUUAUCAAGUACUUCUCUUCAACAAAUGAAUCAUUCAAUGGAUUAUGAAGAAAUUAGUAAUGAUUAUGGACGAGAUAUGUGUAUAUGUCUUUCCGAUUCACCAAAUUCACGACCAUUGAUUACUGGAAUAAUAUGAAACGAUACAUACAAUAAUAAUUAUCCUCUAGGCGAUAAAAUAUUUUAAUUAAUGUAUAUGGUAAAUUAUUAUAAACGACUGUGAUAUAAAGUCUUAUUCACAUUAACAUCAAUAUAUAUAUAUAUAUAGUUUACAUGUGAUUGUACAUAAAUUAUGAGCACAUCAAUCAAUCUCAGGGCUUAAACUAUUCACAUUCAAUCGCCUUAUGGUUAUUCACAUGGCCAUGCAUACAAAAAAAGAAACUAUAAAUUGAAAUUCUCCUGUCGUUAUAUUCUUCGAAAUGAAAAUCCAUUUUUCUCCUUCAUGAUUUUUUUUCAAUUUAAUUACAAGGAAGAACGAUAAAUAGGAAUAAUUCAACAGUGAUCUAUCUGUGAUCCAUUCACUCUAAAAUGUAUUUGUUUAAAUGAUUUGAAUUUUAGAAUGUAAAGCAAAAUACUGUAAUAUAUAAAUAUCCGUUUUGCUCUUAAA